AGUGCGUCAAGUCCCUUUUCCGGGUAGGGACGGGCUGAAAAUUUCCUCGUCAUUAGUUCCUGCCCGAUAGCACUCGAGGUUGAUGCAUCCUGUCUGUGGUCUGAGCCGGCCUCCUGCGAUGAUGAUGACAUGAAUCGCACUUUCAGGUUGUGACAAUAUUAGCGCAACAUUUCCAAUGACGAUAGAAAAGCAAGCUACUGAGGAACAACAUGGCGUUCAAGGAGAAAGAAUCACACGGGCAAGUCACACAUCAGCUAAUAGACGACACGGUCGGGCUGAAGGCAGUUAUCGAAGCAAGUCUGAAUCUGAACUCGCAUACGGAAUACAUCAUUCGUGUGCAAAGAGGUGUUGCAACAGAGCAAUGUUGGCAGGUCGUUAGAAGAUACAGUGACUUUGAUAUGCUGAAUAACAGCUUAAUGAUCUCUGGGGUCAGCUUACCUUUGCCCCCUAAGAAGCUUAUCGGCAACAUGGACCGGGAGUUUAUAGCGGAGCGUCAGAAAGGACUGCAGAGCUACCUGAACUUCAUCACCCAGCACCACAUCCUGUCCAGCUCCGAGGUGGUUAAAAAGUUCCUCGACACAAACAACUACUCCAUAAAUUACACUGAAAUGGCUUUGCAGCAAGUUUCAAUGUUCUUCAGGUCAGACCCGAAGUGGGAGGUGGCGGAACCUCUGAAGGACAUUGGCUGGAGAAUAAGAAAGAGGUAUUUCCUUGUCAGAAACAAAGAGCAGCCCAAAGAGCAACAGAUUUUAAGUUGGGUUGGUUUUGGUCCUGAUAAGUUUCUUUCUGACAAAGACCUUCUGUCUACUCUGAAGAUACUACCUUCAUUAUUGUGUCCCUUCAUUUGCCCUUUGACUUUUGCGACAACGAACGAGUCCUCUGCACUGAUCAUUAGAAUGUUCAAUGACAAAGGAACGCUACGAGACCACAUUUGCAAGGUGAAACCCAAAGAGCCAUUCUUGAAGAAGUAUUGCAGGCCGAAGAAGAUCCAAGGCCUGGAACUGCAGCAAAUUAAGACAUAUGGGAGGCAGAUUCUGGAGGCACUGAAGUUUCUCCAUGAUAAAGGGUUCCCGUACGGUCAUCUGCAUGCUUCCAACGUCCUACUUGAAGACGACACGUGCAAACUGCUGGACAUUGAGAAUUCUCUUCUUGGUCUACCCUCCUACUACAAACCUUACGUAACACAGUUCAGAAAAAUCAAUAUGAUGGAGGCUGUUGACGUCUACUCAUUUGGUCACCUGCUGUUUGAAAUGACCUACGGACGCCCACCAGAUGCCAUUCCUGUCGACCAUCUGCCCCCAGCUCCCUUCACAUCUGUCGUGUCUGUGCUGCAGUCCAUCCUCUCGAGUGAGGCGUGCAAGACAGGAAUGCCGACAGUCACGCAACUUCUGCAGGGACCAUUAUUCAAAGACGUGUUGUUGUUUAACACAGUGGCGGAGAAGGCCCAGUUCAAGAUAACUUCCAAAUUAAAAGAGGCUUUGAAAACCGCAAAAGACGGCCUGGAGAAGAAGAUUCAGGAGGAACAAAAAACGCUCCAUCAGCACAGAAGACUAACAAAGGCUCAGUCGCACCACGGGUCAGAGGAGGAGAAGAAGAGGAGGAAAAUACUGGCAAGAAAGAAAUCCAGACAGUCAACUUAUGACAAUGAGGAAGACUUCUUAGUGAAGUACAGCAACAACUCUGGUUCAGGGGCCAGCUCCCCACCUACAUGUCCCUCCUCACCGACUCCCCCGUCCACCUCAGGUGCUCCUCCUCCCGUGCCUCCACCUCCUCCUUCCUCCGCCUUGUCGCCUGUCUGCGACUCUGACCCCCCUCUCUUCUCAUCACCAGUAACAAGUGGCUCUGACUCCGGACGCACCGCCCUACUCUCCUCCAUCCAGGGGUUCAGCAAAGGCAAGCUGAAGAAAGCUGAGACCAACGACCGGAGUGACCCUCUUAUUUAGAGGCAGCUCUGCCCUACAAAUGCAAACUGCUGUAAAUACGGCAACAUUGAAAGUGAAGAAAAGGCCUUCAAAGGUUGGAUGUUGUGUAGUUACUGCAGAAUUUACAUAGCAAUAUCUCUAAAACUGGACACAUUUGGACCAUAAGGCUUUGUGAUUGAAAAUGAUCUUCAUUGCACCACCUUUAUCCAAUUACUGCACUUUGCCUAUGUAGGGCAGAUAGUUGCCUUCCCCUUUUUCUUUACUCCACUUUUUCUAUGUUGCUAAAUGUAGCCAUUCAGGGUAAACACACACACACACACACACACACACACACACACACACACACACACACACACACACACACACACACACACACACACACACACAUAGUGGAUGAGGUUAAAUGGAAAACAACACAUUACACACACACUAUCAAAUACAGUGGAUGAGGUGGGAAACGGCAAAUGACCUUGAAAGGCGUUCUUGCUGUCAGUUUAAAUCACCAUGAUGCAUCACAUUUGAAAAUCUUACAACUUUCUGGUGGCAUGAACUGCUAUGAUCAACAGCUGUUUUCAGCACUUUUGGAGUUGUGUACAGACUUUUUUACUCCUGGAUGUUGAAAGUUGGACUUGAAGUCUGAAGAGAUGCCUUUGGGGAUGACAACACUGAAUGAGUUGACUUCCUAAUUUUUGAGAGUACAAAAUCUUCCUUACCUACAUGUUAAGUUUUCCCCACUGCAUUUUUCUUAAACUUACAUUUCUAUUUCUCAGCAUGUACCAUUUUGUUGUCAGUGAUCAUAUUUUUAAACCUUAUACCUUUGAGGAGAAAGGAUUUCCCCCCAGUUCUAGAAUUUUACCCAAACAUUCUACAGCUCCCAUAGAAAAAAAUCCUGCAGAGGGUUUGUGACAUUAUAGUGAGAGCUAAACACAUAUAUGUGAUGGUACUCCUCAAAGGGUUAAACAAAUAGUUCAUUUAGGUUGUAAUUUAUGUGCCAUGUUGUGCCACUGUGCCUGUAUGUGUAAAUAGACAUUAAGUUUGAAGAGGAAAAUUGGAUUUUUAAAAAUUGCUUUCAGUUGUGAAUCAUGCCAAAAUGCUUAUUUUAUUUUGCUUUUGUUUCUGGUCUAUGCUUGAUAGAAAUGAUGAAUUCAAAGACCCUUCAAAUAUAUAUUGUGUAGAAUGAGGUUACAGUCCCCUCCUAAAGUUUUGGAAUAGCAAACCAAAUUUUCUUGUUUUUGUUGUCCACCAACAGCAAUGGGGUUUGAGAUGCAACGAUGUCCAUGACAAAAAAGUUCAAAAUGUCAGCUUUUAUUUAGUGGUAUUUAAACUUGAUAUGUUGAAUCAUUUUGGAUUUAUUGCCAUUUCUACACCACAGCAUUUUGUCAGUGAGCAAAAAUAUUGGAGCAUGUGACUGGUAGGUGUUUCUUCUUGACCAGCUGUUGAAUUUAAGGAUGAUUGUUCAAAGGGUAGAUAGUAAUACUUGAUUUCUUGCCGUUUUUGACCUGGGUUUAUACCUAAGAAGCCUACAUUACUUGUCAGGGAUUGGAAAAAACAACAAAAGGACCAGAGGGCUGUCUAUGGGGGGAAAGCAUUCCAUUUUGAAGUUGAAAAAAGAAAGAAAAUCAAUCUGAUCUGUUGGCCAUAUUAAGUACAACAAUUUGGAAUGUCCUGGAAAAGGAAGAAACUACUGUUGUACUGAGUAACAGACAUUGAAGAGGUUAGACAAGGAAAAACAACAAUAGUUGAUGACAGAAAUACUGUGAAAGCUCCAAAGAAAAGCCCCCAAACACCAGAAAGACAUAUCACUAGCAACAUCCACAGUGCAGGGGGGAAUGUAUAGCAAUAUAGGCCAACUGUUUGAAGAAGAAUCUGAGAACAGAUAGAGAUGUAUUACCACAAAAGUAAAACAUUCAUCAGUAGUAAGAAUCUGAGGACCAGAUAGAAAUAUUCAGAGAUGAUCCACAAAAGCCCAGAAACACAAUUUAAGACUUUGAUUGAGACCUUGAUUAACACUUUCAAUACCAGGCGUUUUUUGGAAUUUCAGCCGUAGACUCCCAGUGAGUUUCAUCAAUUUUUGUCAUUUUUGGAACAGCUACAGAAUAUUUGGUCUUAAACCUACAGACACAUGGCAGGGCUUGUUCGAAAGCCAUGUAUGUCAAAAUGGUAUCCCCCUAGCUUAUUCCAUUUCGAAGUUAUUCAACUCUAAGCGAGCAUUGUUUUAGGUAGAAAUAGUAGAAUAGUUUGCCCCAUUCAAACUCUCCAAGUUUAAAUUGAGGGUCUAAAUAUAUUUUCACGCCCGAAGAACAACGCAAAAAGAAAACGUGUUUUUACGUUUUGGGAGCCAACGCAUGGGAGGCAAAAAAAGCAUAUUUUUACGUGACUUGGGAGUCAAUGUGUUAAUCUCUACCAAGUCUAAGAAAGGCCUUAGUAUGGGAUAAAGAAAGGAACUUCUUAAGGCAUAAAACAGGCAAAAUCAUCUGUGAAGAACAGCAAAAGUAAUGUCAUGGCCUGGGAAUACAUAACAGCUGCUUCUGGAACUAGCUCCCUCAUUUUUAUUGGUAAGGUAACUGAUCAUGGUCACAACCAAAUUCAUUCUAAUGUGUACAGACACAUUUUGCCUGGAUUAAUGGAAUCAAUCUAAUAGGGAAGCUUUUAAACUUUUUAAUUAAAAAAAAAAAAUUCUAUUUAAAAUUUAAAUUUAAAUUAAACAUGCAGCUGGAUAAUGGGACAAAACAUUCAAUCAAUGACACAUCAAUGGCUUGACCUUAAGCAAGUAGAAUAGGCAUUUCACUUCCUGAAGAAGCGAGUGAAUACUAAAAAACAUUAGCCUAGCGAGCCAGACCCGUACAGCAAAAAUCUGUACAAGGGUCUAGGUGAGCUCGGAGAGAGUGUGGGCGGGAUAAACGGUUGUCUAUCAAAAUGCCUUGGCACUCAACGCCAUGCAACAGGAUGGUGGAACAACCAAUCACCACACACUUCUGUGUAACGUCACAGCUGUCUUUCAGAACGUACACGCGACACGCCCCUUUGUAGGUGAAGCGGCAACUCCGAGCCGUCGUAGCAGUGAAUGCGUGUGAUCACCACAGCCACAAACAAGUUUCCUAAUACAUCGUGUUUUCACUUACACAGUUCAAAAAUGCCUCGUUUUCAACCACAUGGCCCUCCUUGAUCAACCAGCGAAAUGUUGAGCAAUUUGGGGCUUGUUAAAUGGUUAUAUUUCUGAUUGUUGUCAACAUGGCAUGUUCGGUGUUAGCUAGCUAGCUGUAUACCCAUAACUAAUACACGGCUGGAUACCUAGCUCUGUGUAAUUCACGACAGGUUGGCUAGCCGCUCGCUCGUAGACUAGGUGUCAUUCCCAUCUAUUUAGUAAGCUACUUAAAGACUUUCAAAGCUCCCAAAUGUCUCGUUUUUAAUGACAUGGAUCUUAUUAGAAUUUGGGGCAGGCAUAUAAGGCUGGAUACCUAGCUCUGUGUUAUUGACGACAGGUUAGCUAGCCACUAGCUUGGUAGACUAGGUGUCAUUCCCAUCUAUUUAGUAAGCUACUCAAAGACUUUCAAAGCUCCCAAAUGUCUCGUUUUUAAUGGCAUGUGUCUUAUUAGAAAUUGGGGCAGCAAUUUCAUUCUACACCUACAGUAGUGGUCUGAUAAUGGCGUGUGACUAUCUGGUUCUGUAAAAUGCUCAAAUUAGCUUACCGAGCUAGUUUAAAACAUCAAAUGAUCGAAUGGUAAUGUGUUGUGAUCUAUUUGUGUCCGAUAAGUUCAUGGUGUAUUAUUACAUCAAUCCAUGUCAGCCACGAAAUGCAUUAUCAUCCAGGCUUUUUAAAUUAAGUAAACACUUUUGUGCUGUACGUAGCACGGACGGAUACCAUGUUUCUUCUUAGAAAGUUUCCUGUUUACUAGGUAGCCCGGCCCCCCUCGCGAUUUGAUUGGCCCUGUCAUCGGAUAACUUUCAGCCUCGCAAAACGACCGUGGUCCGCUAGACUGCCCCCGGGAGCAAAUUCAAUUUGUGGUCGCUAGGGUCGUCUAGAUUUCUAGGCUAAAAAAAACAUCGAAACAAAGAAGAAUGGAAAGAAAUUACAUUAAAAUGCAAUAGACUCACAAAUGAAGGAUACCACAUUUGUUGAUGUCCAUGAGUAGAAGGCUUGAGAAAGUUAUUGCAAAAAAAGGAUAUACUACGAAUUAUUACAUUUUAUUUUCCUUUAAGAUGAUCUGUUCCAAUACGAUUGCUCACCUAAAAAAUGCUAUGGUGUUGUACAAACGGUCAUAAAUCCCAAAAAUAUUGAACAUGUCAAGAUUCAAACACCAUAAAAUAAAAGCUGGUAUUCUGAGCUUUCAUUUCAUACUCAUGUUUUUGUCGCAAACCUAAAUGUCUUUGGUAGACGGCAAAAACAAGAUAAUUUUUUGUCUUACUGUUCCAAGUAUUCUGUAGGGGACUGUAUUGCUCAGAACAAUGAGACAACACUGGUCUACAAAGGCAGAAUGCAGUAACUACUACGCUGACAUGGAAACUGAGAAAAAUGCCUUCAAAGUUACUGCCAAUUUGACAUAGCAAUAUGUCUAAAAUGGGACACAUUAGAACCAUACGCUUUUUUUCGCAAGGUAAGAGAGGUGACCAUUUUCAGUCUAAACUCAAUUUUGACAUAAUAUGUACUUACUGCACUUUGCCUUUGUAGGGCAGAAUAAUAGAGGCACGGGUGAAUUAAGGAAUUUCCACUGAAGUUGCAUUUUUAUGCAAUGAUCCAAGCUUAUGAUGUAUAGUAUAUAUAAUAGUUUUACUGAAUAUUUAAGUUUUUUAAUCUCUAUAGCACUUUGCCACAUGGUCCCACUGUGGUUCUGAAGUUUACAGUGAUAUAAAGAAAUUGUAUUAUUGUGUUAUUCUGUCGAAGAAUUCUUAUAAUAUAAUAUUAUAUUCUUAUCUUAUAAUAUAGGGUGUCUUUAUGACACAACCACUGUUUGAAGCACAAAAAGUGCAGCCUCGAGUUGGUUUUACUUUAACCAUCUAUAACAUUUUUUUUGCAUUUGUUUUAAAAUAUUAUAUAUGAAUUAUUAUUUUUGAUGGAAUGGUAAUUAAAUUUGACAUGAA